AUGUCUACCGCCGCUCGUCGACGUUUAAUGCGUGAUUUUCGCAAGCUUCAGAAUGAUCCACCAUCGGGUGUCUCGGGUGCUCCCAUGGACAACAAUAUUAUGCUCUGGCAGGCUGUCAUCUUUGGACCCGAUGAUACGCCAUGGGAAGGCGGUACUUUUAAUCUCACGCUCGAGUUUAGUGAAGAUUAUCCAAACAAGGCACCGACCGUCAAAUUUAUCACCAAGAUGUUCCAUCCAAACAUCUAUAACGACGGUCAGAUCUGCUUGGACAUUUUACAGAACCAAUGGUCGCCGAUUUACGACAUUUCCGCCAUCCUUACGUCCAUUCAGUCCCUGCUAUGCGAUCCCAAUCCGAACUCACCCGCUAACUCGGAAGCCGCACGUCUUUUUCAAGAAAAUCGACGAGAAUACAACCGGCGUGUCCGUGAGAUUGUCGAGCAGAGCUGGCAGGCCAUUGCAUAA